CAGCUGUGCCUCUUCCUUUCCUAUCAUUGAUUUUUCUUUGGAAGAUUUGGUUUUUUUUAUUCCCCUUCAAGGGGAUUAAAAAGGCCAGAUCUUUUAUUUUUUUGUUGUUGGGUUUUUGUUUGAGAGAGAGAGAGAGAGAGAGAGGGAGAGAUCUGGCGAUUCCAUUGCUUGUUCAAAUUGAGGAAUGAUAAGAAGAUGGGUAAGAAAGGGAACUGGUUUCAUGCAGUAAAGAAGGCCUUGAGCCCUGAAUCUAAGGAGAAGAAAGAACAGAAACCAAUCAAAUCUAAGAAGAAAUGGGGUUUUGGAAAAUCAAAGCAAUUGGAUCCUUGCACUUCUACGGUAGAAACUGUAGCACCACCUCCUGUUCCUUCUGAGGAGGUGAAACUUUCUGAGGCAGAGCAAGAACAGAACAAGCAUGCUUACUCUGUGGCGAUUGCCACUGCUGUUGCUGCCGAGGCUGCUGUUGCUGCUGCUCAUGCUGCUGCGGAGGUCGUUCGGCUCACGACUGUGCCGCGCUUCUCUGGUAAAUCGAGAGAAGAAGUGGCGGCAAUCAAGAUCCAGACAGCGUUCCGAGGAUACCUGGCAAGGAGAGCAUUGCGGGCUUUGAGAGGGCUGGUUAGGUUGAAAUCACUUAUACAUGGACAUGCUGUCAAGCGUCAAGCCACCACCACACUACGUUGCAUGCAGACACUGGCUAGAGUGCAAUCACAAAUCCGUUCGAGGAGGAUCCGGAUGUCAGAGGAGAAUCAGGCUCUUCAGCGGCAAUUGCUGUUGAAACGUGAGAACGAGCUUGAAAAUUUGAGAGCCUCAAUGGGAGACGAAUGGGAUGAUAGUAUGCAAUCCAAAGAACAAAUCGAAGCAAGUCUACUAAGCAAGCAUGAGGCUGCUAUAAGAAGAGAAAGAGCACUGGCAUAUGCAUUUUCUCAUCAGCAACCGGGGAAGAAUUCAUCGAGGUCAGCAAACCCAAUGUUCACAGAUCCAAACAAUCCACACUGGGGUUGGAGCUGGUUGGAGCGUUGGAUGGCAGCACGGCCAUGGGAGAGCCGGACCGUAACAGAGAAAGAACUCAAUGACUCUCACUCAUCUGUGAAGAGUGUGAGCCAUAGUGUCGGAGGCGAAAUCAGCAAAGCAUAUGCUCGCCGGGAUAUCAAGUCUGAGAAGCCUUCUCCUGUGGCCCAAAAAUUGAGCCGGCCCGCCAGCCGUCAGUCCCCAUCAACGCCUCCCUCCAAGGCGUUGUCAGUUGCAGGGAAGACAAAGCUAGCAAGCCCACGCAGUGGGUGGGCCCCAGAGGAUGACUCAAGGAGCAUGCUCAGCUUGCAGUCUGAGCGGCACAGGAGGCAUAGCAUUGCAGGGUCGUCAGUGAGGGAUGAUGAAAGCCUGGCAAGCUCCCCAGCUGUACCAAGUUACAUGGCACCCACAGAGUCUGCACGGGCAAAAUCCCGACUGCCCAGCCCAUUAGGGGACAAGCAAGUAACUCCCGAGAGAGGAUCAGCGAGCUCGGUGAAGAAGCGGCUGUCAUUCCCAGCAUCACCAGCACCAGCUGGAACCAGGCGACAUUCUGGUCCUCCCAAGAUAGACAGCAGUGUUCUAAAAGACAUUGGUGUCCAUGCAGGGGGCUCUGUGAGCAAUGGAGGAAGCAGGUAGCAGACAACAUUAGAUAAACGUUGAAAAGAAGAAAGGGAGAAACGGGUUGUGAUUAUUUGUAGUUGUGAUUGAUUUGGGAUAAUUGUCUUUGUGACACGUUUGUGGCCUUUUUGGCACUUGAAUUAUUGCUGUGAGAAUACCCUUUUUUUAAUUUGUUUGUUGGUGUUUUAUUGGGUAGAUUGGAGCUCAUAAGAUUGUGUGAGAAUACCCAAUUCAGUCUGCUUUUCCAAAUGACUGUGAUUUUCUCUCUUUUAUUGGGAUUGUUGAGGAUCUAUUCUUCAGUUAUUUCAAUAUAUAGUAUAUGUUCCACCUUGUGAUUUCUUCUA